CAGUAGAGGGGAUGUCUUUUUGGUUCUCCAUUAGCCAGAGAAUUGUUUCAUAGGUUCACAAAGGCGGCUGGAACAUCAGAACCUGCUUACUCAGAAGAGUGAUAAGCAAUGAGUUCCAAACAGCAACGUGUGAAACUAAAUGAUGGCCACUUCAUUCCUGCACUGGGUUUUGGCACGUAUAAACCUGAAGAGGUUCCUGAAAACAAGCCACUGGAGGCUAUAAAUUUAGCUAUUGAGGCCGGGUUCCGUCAUAUUGAUACUGCGUACGUGUACCAAACUGAAAAGAAUGUAGGACAGGCUAUUCGAAGCAAGAUUGCUGCUGGCAUUGUGAAGAGAGAAGACAUGUUCAUCACUACAAAGCUUUGGUGCACUUUCCAUAGACCAGAGUUGGUUCGACCUAUCUUGGAAAAAUCAUUGGAAAACCUUCAGCUGGACUAUGUUGACCUCUAUAUUAUUCACUACCCAGUACCGAUGAAGCCAGGAGAGGAUCUGUUUCCAGAAGAUGAGCAUGGGAAGACAUUAUUGGACACAGUGGAUAUCUGUGCCACAUGGGAGGCCAUGGAGAAGUGUAAGGACGCAGGAUUGGUCAAGUCCAUUGGGGUGUCCAACUUUAAUAGCAGGCAGCUGGAGAAAAUCUUGAACAAGCCAGGGCUCAAAUACAAGCCUGUCUGCAAUCAGGUGGAAUGCCAUCUCUACCUGAACCAGAGCAAGCUGUUGAACUACUGCAAGUCAAAAGACAUCGUUCUAGUUGCCUACUGUGCUCUUGGAUCUCAAAGACCUGAACGAUGGGUAGACGCAAGCUCCCCAGUUCUCUUGAACGAUGCAGUUCUUUGUGACAUGGCAAAAAAGCACAAUCGAAGCCCAGCUCAGAUUGCCCUUCGCUACUGUCUUCAACGUGGAAUUGUAGUCCUUGCCCAGAGUUACAAAGAGAAUGAGAUAAAAGAGAACUUGCAGGUGUUUGAAUUUGAGCUCCCUUCAGAAGAUAUGAAAAUCCUAGAUCGCCUGAACAGAAAUUUUAGAUAUGCACCUGCUCCAUUUGGUAAGGACCACCCAGAGUACCCCUUUUCUGAAGAAUUUUAAUGUGGAGGCCUGUGUCAUGAUGUCUACACAAAGUCUCAAAGUCCCUCUACAUGGAUAAUGAUGUGGGCAACAUCCUAGAUGCUGGUGAUUAAACGUGUGUCACUUCUGCUCAAUCUGAGCUGUUUAACAGUCCACCUUUCAGCCAGACCUGUGUCCACCAGUCUGAAAUACAAGGCAUUACGUCUUCAGCAUUCUUUUAAAUAAUGUUAAUGUUUGCUAUAAAGGUCUUUCUUUAGUAA